AUGAAUUCAUUACCACAAGAAUUAAAAGGACUUAUUGGUCCAUCUAUUCUCAAUGCUGAUUUAUCAGCAUUAGCUGAAGAAAGUCAUCGUCUUCUUAAUGCCGGUGCUGAUUAUUUACAUCUUGAUGUAAUGGAUGGUCAUUUUGUUCCAAAUUUAACAAUAGGUCAUCCUGUUAUAAAAUGUCUUCGUAAAAAUAUUCCAAAAGUUUAUUUUGAUGCUCAUAUGAUGGUAUCAAAACCUGAACAAUGGAUUGAAGAAAUGGCUGGUGCUGGUGCUAAUCAAUAUACAUUUCAUAUUGAAUCAACAACAUCAGAUAAUAUUUAUGAUAUAAUACGAAAAAUAAAAGAAGCUGAUAUGAAAGUUGGACUUGGUAUAAAACCUAAAACUGAUGUUACUGUUUUAAGUGAUUUUAUUAAAGAUAUUGAUGUUGUUUUAAUAAUGACUGUUGAACCUGGUUUUGGUGGACAAAAAUUUAUGAAUGAUAUGAUGGAUAAAAUACGUUGGUUAAGAAAAAAUUAUCCACAAUUAUUACAUAUUGAAGUUGAUGGUGGUGUUAAUUUAAAAACAAUUGAAGAUUGUGCACAAGCUGGUGCAAAUAUGAUUGUAUCUGGUUCAGCACUUAUUGAAAGUAAACAACCAAAUAAAGAUAUUGAACAAAUGCGUCAAUUAAUUGAUGAUAGUUUAAAAAAUAAAAAAUUAAAUAUUCAAUUAACAAAUGAUCAACAUUGUUAA